CCGUGCGCCUGGCACCUCCCAAUGUCAUGCUCAGCUUGGAGGACGCUGCAGUGAGAUGCACUGCAGUAAAAAAUAACGCACGGCACGAAGCGAGAAGGUUGUUUUAUUCACCAUGCAAGCCCGGGAGAAACCUUUAUUUUAGGCCUGCAAAUUUAGGGUCAUUCCAUGGAUGGAAAAAAAUGUGCCACUAAAAAUGUUGCGCUUUUUUAAAUAAUGUUUUGAUCCAUCGUCAGGACAGGAGAACCUGCAUCCCUCAGCCCCGGAAGAAGGACAAAUCACGAUACGGAGUUUUUUUUCAGAAGCGACAACGAUCAGGACAGUAAAAUGUUAUUUCGGAGGAAGCAACUUCAGUCCCUACGAUUUUUUACUUUGCUUUCUGUUUAAGAUCUCAAAUAAAUAUCUUACUGUCAAGUGAUCAGAGACUUUUGGGAUAUUUUAUAUCCCUUGGGAGGCUUCUCAGCCCUAGGAUUUGUUCUUUUUUUUUUGCUGUAUUACGCCCAAGGAAAUGUCUGCUGUGUGGCUAAUGCUCCUGUCUCUGCUUGGUUCCCUCUUUGUGUCUUUGUGCCAUGGGGCCUGUGCAGAAGUGGACUCAGACACAGAGGCAGUAGCUGGCAAAGGCUUCAAGCUGGGCUGCAUCUCGUGUAAGGCGAGGCCCGAGGUGGAGGCUUCUGCCACAGUCAACUGGUAUUUCAGGGCAAAAGGGGAGGCUGACUUUGCUCAUAUAUAUGCAUACGAUGAGGAGGGCGCCCACAUUGUAGAUGAGCGAUUCGAGGACCGUGUGGAUUGGAACGGCAGUAAGAGAAGUAACGACAUACAGGAUGCGUCCAUCUACCUCUUCAACGUUACCUACAACGACUCGGGCACCUACAGUUGUCACUUCCACCGGCUCCUGACAUACGAGUUCUAUGAAUACCAGACCACUGUCAGCAAGGUUGUGCACCUUACGGUGGUGGCUAAAGCCACCAGAGGGACAGCUUCCAUAGUCUCAGAGGUGAUGAUGUACGUGUCCAUCAUCGGGCUACAGGCUUGGCUCUACAUAGAGAUGGUAUACUGUUUCAGAAAGAUCUCAGCUGCAGGAGAGGAAGCAUUACGAGAAAGCGCAAAAGCCAAAGAAGGAAUGCAGAAUAUCUAGCUAUAGCUUCAGAGAGUAAAGAUAACUGUGCAGGGGUACAAGUGGCAGAAUAAUCCAGGUAUUCAAGGGGUCCCAUCUAUGGACUGGCCACGAAACCUGUACGACCUCGUGGAUCGCAUGAAAACACCCCGAAGACAUACAGUAUCGACACUCUCCGAGUCUUUAUUACCUUACCUGUAAUAACUUUAUUAGAUGUAAUAUGACAUCACUUUGAGAGUAGCAUGAUACCAGCACCUCUGUAUGUAUAACACACAAAAGCAUGUAUAUAAUUCAGCUAAUGAAUAACUAAUCCAGCACUGAGGUAUUCUUUUUCGGAUGUAAUGUUAUAUCUGUCUAAAGUGUACACAUAUAUUAAGAGGUGUUGUGGGACAAUGAGUCUGACUGAAUGGUUAUCAGGAAAGCAUUGUCACAAUGUAUUAAUCAAUCCAUCCACUCCAUCGGUUGUAUUGUAUUUCUCACAGAUUAUGCACAACCAUCAUAAAAUGUACUGAGAUUCAAAUGUAUUUACAAUAUAAUGUGAUCAGCUAGGAUAGACAAUCCUCUAAGUUCGAUUAGUCUUGCUAUAUGUACAUUCAGGGCACAGGCUUAAAAUGUUCGUGAUGAUUUAAACUUUUUUUUAUCAUAAAAAAAAUCA